CUUCACCGACACGGGCCCUGUGAGCCCAGCCCAGCCCGAUUGUCGAGCUCAGCAGCACAGAUCCCUUCAAACCCGCGCCCGAGCAACUAGCCGUUACAAACCCCCACUUCCCCCACUACCUCCCUCCUACUACUACCCCCUCCGACUACUGUCCUCUUCCCCUCACCCCCGAUCUCAAUCCAGCAAUCCCCAAUCGCAACCACCUCCAAUCCGCGACCGGAUCCCCGCUCCUCCUCCCCUGCGCAGCGGCGCGACGGCGACGAUGAUGUUCACGGAGGGCCUCGACGAGUCGGCGAUCAGCUGGAUCAAGCAGGGUACGGACUCCCCCGCCCCCGUGCCGCCGCGGUCGCCGCUGGCGGAGCGGCCGCCGGCGGGGCAGGUCGGGGUGGCGGCGGCGCUCAGGAGCCCCGCUCCGCACAGCAGGGCGUGCGGCGGUGGCGUCGGCCUCUUCUCCCCCAAGCGCCUGCCGCCGGUGCGGACCACCACGACCCGCCACUCGGGGCUGCUCGGCCACCACUCCGUGCUCCUCUCGGCGGCGGACUCUGACGAGUGGGAGGAGGGCGUGGAGGAGAGCGUCGCGUCGUGGGGGUUGCCUGAGGAGUGCUACGGCGGGAACUUCUCCGAGACGGCCGACGAGGACGGGGGCGCGUGCUCCAGCGACUCCAGCCUGCUCCGGAGGGCCAUGGACCGGUGCGGCGGAGGGUGGGACGAGGAGGUCACGUCGCAGCUGAGAAAGAGGGGCGGCGGUGGCGGGAUCGUGCGGGGCCAGUCCAAGGAGUUCCUGCGGGUGGAGGUGAGAGCGGCGAGCGCGUUCGCUGCCGGGAAGUGCUCCGGUGGACACGAUCCAGUGGACUCGAGCUCGCAUGGACGCUAUUUAGAUGAGCACACGUUUCAAGCUAUGGGAACACCCAGUGCCCCUCCAAUUGCAGGGGAUGAGGAGGAGGUCAUGUAUGAUGCAGUUGAAACAUCUGAAACGAUUGGAGGCCUUGAGAGGACUGGGGUAUCAUCAGUAGCAGAUAUACUGGCCCAAGAAGUUCAUGAGCUUCCUAUGAGCUCAAAUGUUCAUGAAGAUGAUGUUCAGGUGCCGUAUGUCGAGAAUAAUUUAUUAGCUCAGAUACCGAGCUUCACGAUUAAUGUCCAAAACGCAUGGCAAUCUUUUGUUGCAUACGAUGCAUGCUUCCGGCUCUGUCUGAAUGCAUGGGCCAGAAAUUGCAUGGAGGCUCCAGAAUUCCUUCGGGAUGAGUGCAUGGUGCUGCGAAGCGCCUUUGGAAUACAGAAUUUUCUGCUUCACCCGAAGAACAACAGUCAGGUUGACGGAAAACAAGUCUACGAUGAGGAUGGAAGUUGUACCGUAAAGGGAAGAAAGCUUGUUAAGCAGAUUGAGAUUGAAGUAAAAAAGAUACGUGUUGUACCUCAAAGACCAAAGCUUCGGGCAACAUCAUCCUUUAGAAAUCUCUACAUGCAAGCUGGCAGCGAGUACGUCAGACAGAUUUCUAAAAUUCUGAAGAGCCAGGUUACGAUGUUGACAUCCACAUCAUCUACAUCUUUGCCAGAAGAAAUGUUCACGUGUACACUAGAAUUGCAAAACUACUGCAAAGAUCAUGACAGAGAUUCCAUUUCUCCGCAAUAUUUGAAGCCAGGGACUGGUGAAUCCCAACUCUUUUAUCUAGAGAGCCAGGGGGAUGUUAUUCUUGUUGAAGUACAAGACAACAAUAAGGUUAUCAUAGGUCGCGCGAAAAUUCAAGUUUCAUCACUCACUGAUACUCAACAGGAGGAAAUCAUUAGGUGGUGGCCUCUAUAUCUCGAUGAUCAAGAAUGUGUGGGCAAAAUUCAGCUUUGUAUGAACUUGUCCAUAUCUUCCAACAAUUAUGGAUCUGCAAAGAUGAUGCAAGGUGGUCCAGCUGUGGAUACUAUCAUAUAUGACAUGGUUCUGGAAGCGGCAAUGAGAGCUCAAAAUUUCAACAGCAAAAUGCUUAAUAUCAGUGGUUCAUGGAAAUGGCUGUUGGACGAGUUUUCUAAUUACUAUGGGGUAUCAGACGCAUAUAGAAAAGUGAGGUACUUAUCCUACAUUAUGAAUGUGGCAAUACCAACAAAGGAUUGUUUGGAACUUAUAUACGAACUUCUUCUCCCUGUCAUGAAAUCACGGGAUGAUAGGACUUUAACAAGACAAGAGAGAAGCAUAAUGUUAGACUGUGAACAUCGGAUCAAGAGUCUCCUUGCAGCUGUGUUUGAAAAUUACAAGUCAUUGGAUGAACACUCUGCUACUGGCUUGUCAGACCUAUUUGGCCCCAUAUCAGAUUGUGCUGCACCAGCUUUGGCACCUGCAGUUCAGAUAUUCAGUACAUUGCAUGAUAUACUCUCCAAAGAAGCACAAGACGUACUUAGGAACUAUUUACAGACUGCUGCUGCUAAAAGGUGCAGGAGGCAUAUGAUUGAGACAGAUGAAUUCAUGUCAAGCAAUAACGACAGCCUUCUAACUGACCCUAUGACUAUUUCUGCUGCAUAUCUCAAAAUGAAGACACUAUGCAUUAACAUAAGUCGUGAAAUUCAAGCAGACAUUAAGAUUCACAAUCAAAAUAUACUUCCAAGUUCCAUAGAUCUGCCAAACAUAGCAGCAUCCCUCUACAGUACCGAACUCUGCAAACGAUUGAAGGGUUUUCUUUCUUCAAGUCCCCCAUCAAGACCGCUACAACAUGUUGCUGAGCUUAUCAUCGCAACUGCUGAUUUUGAGAGAGAUCUUGACACCUGGCAAGUGAGACCUGUUCAUGGGGGUGUAGUCUCAAGGGAGUUGUUUCAUGACUACAUCAUAGUGUGGAUUGAAGAUACCCGGUUGCAAUUACUCGAUAAUUGCAAAGCUGAGAAGUUACCAUGCCCUGCAGUGUCAACAACCUCAUCAUUUGUCGAGCAAAUGUAUGAGCAAAUAAAAGAAAGCAUAAAUGAAUAUGGUGUGGUUAUCAACAGAUGGCCUCAGUAUCUGAUGAGUUUAGAGAGUGCUGUUGCCGAUGUGGAAAGAGAAAUUAUGAAGGCACUGGAGAAGCAAUAUAUGGAGACUCUAAUGCCUUUGAGAGAUGGCAUACCAAAAAUUCUUGAGAAGCAGGUCCAAAGAUUGACAAGAAGACAAUCUAUAGCUCCCUAUGUUGUGCCAAAUCAGUUAGGAACAUUCAUGAACACAGUUAAAAGGAUGCUAGAUGUGUUACACUGCCGAGUUGAAGACAUUCUCAAAUCAUGGGCAGCAUAUCUAACCAUAACAAACGGGAACACUGUUUUCGGAGAGCAAAUGAACUCCAUAACAGUCAUGUUGAGGAAGAAGUACAAGAAAUACCUGCAGGCAAUAGUAGAGAAGCUUGUUAGUAAUACACAAGCUAAUAGGGCCACGAGACUCAAGCGAAUUCUUGAAGAAACAAGAGAGGCUGAAGGUGAAAGUGAUAUACGCGAGAGGAUGCAGGCUGUCCGUCUUCAGCUCUCGGAAUCCAUUCACAAUCUGCAUGAGGUCUUCUCCAGCAGAAUAUUCGUUGCCAUUUGCAGAGGUUUCUGGGAUAAGUUGGGCCAGAUUGUGUUGAGAUUUCUCGAGAGCAGAAAGGAGAACAGGAUUUGGUACCGAGGAUCCGAUUAUGCUUUAGGGAUCGUCGACGAUGUUUUUGCAUCCGAAAUGCAAAAGUUGCUGGGCAACGCCCUCCAGGACAAGGACUUGGAUCCGCCGCAAUCGGUGAUCGAUGCACGCUCCAUCCUUUGCUGAUGUGUGGCAGAAGCGUUGUGGACUGAAUUUCUUCUGAGUGGGCACAUACUAGCUUUGGCGAAACGACCAGUUUUGGUUUUGUUUGUUUUAUUCUUUUGCUUGCAGAUUAUAUACAGGUGGAGACGACCGAUUAUUUCUGUUCAUAGCGUGGUGUUGUUAUAUUCUUUCAAAAGGAAUGUACUACCAGUUGAUUGGAAGUUUUGGUGUUGUUAUAUUCUUUCAAAAGGAAUGUACCAGUUGAUUGGAAGUUUUGAACUGUGUAAGAAGACUUUUAGGAGUUCGGCUCUGUAAUUGAACUCCAUUCAGAUGUCAGACAAAAUCACUGGUACAUCU